AUGUAUUCUCUGAUCAAAUCGCUGUUCAAGUUCUUGGACGGAGUCCAUCCCAAGAAUCCUUUCGAACGGCUCGGCAAGGCCGAGAAGGCGAAAGCCGUUCCAGUUCCGAAAGGCCAUGUGCCGAUGUAUGUGGGCAAAGAAGAGAAGCUGUAUGAAGUUCCGGUGAAAUUUCUGUCGUUCCGAUCAUUCCAAGACCUGUUGGCCCGCUCACAGCCGGUCGUCGACGAUCUUGAUAUUAAGAAUGACGGCCCAAUCGUGCUUACGUGCAGUACUGACGUCUUCGAUCGGUUACUUAGGGAGGCUAGGCGUAGUGUCGAAAUUGAUGAUAAUUUGUAUUUUUAUUUCCUCCACCCGCUCUAA